AUGGGUUGGUUCUCCAAAUCGCCUUCGGAGCCAGUGGUUGUCCACACCAAGGAACGCAGAAAGUGCUGGGAAGCCCGGGAUGAGUUUUUCGCCUGCCUCGACAGCAACGAAAUCGUAGACGCAAUCAAGGACGACAAAAAGGCCCGCAAGGCCUGUCCCGCACAACUCGAAAAGUAUGAGAACUCCUGCAUCGAGACGUGGAUCGAGUACUUCAAGCAGAAACGAGUUGCUGAUCACACGCGCCAGCAAAAGAUUGCUGAGCUUGAAGCCAAAGGAUAUAGGCCCCUGGACACUAUGCAGGUCAAGGAAGUCCGUUGA